AUGGCGAACCCCAACGCGGAGUUCCCUGAUCAUGAUGCCUCGAGCGCAUUCAACUUUGCGCAACAAGAGGAGCAGGUACUGGCGUACUGGCAGGCCAUUGAUGCGUUCAAGACGUCGCUAGAGCAGUCGAAGGGCCGCAAGCCUUUCUCGUUCUAUGAUGGCCCGCCAUUUGCCACAGGUCUGCCGCACUAUGGUCAUUUGCUGGCCGGUACUGUGAAGGAUAUUGUGACGCGUUUUGCGCACUCGACUGGCCACUAUGUGGACCGUCGCUUUGGCUGGGACUGUCACGGUCUGCCUGUGGAACAUGAGAUUGACAAGAAGCUGGGCGUGAAGGGUAAGGAAGACAUCCUUGCUAUGGGUAUUCCAAAGUACAAUGCUGAAUGCCGUGCCAUCGUCAUGCGUUACCAGGCGGAAUGGCGCUCGACGGUGGAGCGUAUGGGCCGCUGGAUCGACUUUGAUCACGGCUACAAGACGAUGGAUACAAGUUUUAUGGAAACGGAAUGGUGGGUGUUUAAGCAGCUUUUCGACAAAGGCCAGGUAUACCGUGGCCUGCGUGUCAUGCCCUACUCGAACGCCUGCACUACGCCGUUGUCGAACUUUGAGGCUGGUUCGGCGUACAAAGAAGUACAGGACCCUGCUGUGACGGUGGCCUUUACGUUGCGUGAUGACCCUACGACGGCGUUCCUUGCGUGGACGACGACUCCGUGGACACUACCGUCGAACUUGGCGUUGUGUGUAAACGAGGAGAUGGAGUAUGUCAAGAUCCAUGACGAAGACCGCAACCGCAACUUUAUUCUCUCUCCCUUGCUGCUUACGACACUGUACAAGGACCCGAAGAAGGCCAAGUACAAGGUCCUGGAGAAGUACACCGGUAAGGACCUUGUCGGCAAGCAGUACGUCCCGCUCUUCCCGUACUUUGAGGAGGCGUACAAGGACGUGGCGUUCCGUGUGCUCUCGGACCCGUAUGUGAGUGCCGACGCCGGUACGGGUGUCGUCCACCAGGCGCCUUCGUUCGGUGAGGACGAUUACCGUGUGUGCUUGGCCCAUGGCCUCUUCACGAAGGAGAGUCAGCCGCCCUGCCCGCUGGAUGAGUCGGGUCGCUUUGUGGAGCCCGUGUCAGACUACGCGGGUCAGUACGUGAAGGAUGCCGACAAGCAGAUCAUGAAGGACCUCAAGGCGCAGGACAAGCUGAUUGUGCAGAGUGUGCUGAUGCAUCAGUACCCCUUCUGCUGGCGCUCCGGCACGCCUUUGAUCUACCGUACGAUCCCUUCGUGGUUCGUGCGUGUGGAGCCGAUUGUCGACCAGUUGCUGGCGGCGAACAAGCAGACGCGCUGGGUGCCCCAGACCAUUGGUGAGAACCGCUUUGGCAACUGGCUGGCGAACGCUCGUGACUGGAACGUGAGUCGCAACCGCUACUGGGGUACGCCGAUCCCGCUAUGGGUGAGCGAGGACAUGGAGGAGAUUGUAUGCAUUGGCUCCGUGGCUGAGCUGGAGGAGAAGUCGGGUGUGACGGGCAUUACGGAUCUGCACCGUGACAAGAUUGACCAUAUUACCAUUCCGUCGUCGCAGGGCAAGGGUGAGCUGCGCCGCAUUGAGGAAGUGUUUGACUGCUGGUUCGAAUCGGGCAGUAUGCCGUAUGCGCAAGCGCACUAUCCGUUUGAGAACGAGGAGGUAUUCAAGAAGAGCUUCCCUGCCGACUUUAUCUCGGAAGGUCUCGAUCAGACGCGUGGCUGGUUCUACACGCUGCUGAUUCUGGGUGUGCAUCUCUUUGGUACGGCGCCGUGGAAGAAUUUGAUUGUCUCUGGUCUUGUGCUGGCGGCUGAUGGCAAGAAGAUGAGCAAGUCGCUGCGCAACUUCCCUGACCCGCAGCUGGUUAUUGACAAGUACGGUGCUGAUGCUGUGCGUCUGUACAUGAUCAACUCGCCGAUUGUGCGUGCAGAGAACCUUCGUUUCCGCGAAGAGGGUGUGAAGGAGAUUAUUGCCAGUGUCUUCUUGCCGUGGCUCAACAGUUUCCGCUUUUUCCUGGCGCAGACCGUUCUUCUGAAGAAGGAGACGGGCAUUGAUUUCCAGUACAACCCGAACGCGAAACUGUCGGACAAUGUGAUGGACCACUGGAUUCUUGCGCGAUGCCAGAGUCUGAUUGAGUGUGUGCGUGAGGAGCUGGAGAACUACCGUUUGUACACGGUGGUCCCGCGUCUGCUUACUAUGAUCAAUGAGCUGACGAACUGGUACAUCCGCUUUAACCGUAAGCGCCUCAAGGGCGAAAAUGGGCCUGAGGACACCAUCGCUGCUCUCAACACGCUCUUUGAGACGCUGUACACCGUGUGUCUGUCCAUGUCGCCCUUCACGCCGUUCAUUACCGAGAACCUGUACCAGGGUCUGCGUAAGUACAUGGCACAAACGGACGCUGAUGUGGACUACCGCUCGGUCCACUUUUUGCCCUUCCCUAGCGUGAAGCAGGCGUACAUGGACCCUGUGAUUCAGCGCCGCUUCAGUGCGCUGCAGAGUGUCAUUGAGCUUGGCCGUGCGAUGCGUGAGAAGAACAAUCUCCCGCUGCGUGUGCCGCUGCGUGAGCUGACCGUGUUCCACAGCGACAAGCAAUUCCUAGACGAUGUGCGUUCGCUUGCAUCGUACAUUGAGGAGGAGCUGAACAUCCGCGACCUGGUGCUGACCAGCGACGAGGCGCAGUGUGGUGUGUGCUUCAAGCUUUUGGCCGACUGGCCGGUGCUGGGUCGCAAGCUGCGCAAGGACAUGGGCAAGGUCAAGAAGGGCCUGGAUGCCGUGUCGUCUGCGGAUGCAAAGGCGUACAUGACCUCUGGCUCGAUUACCAUUGAGGGCAUUCCCUUGGGCGAGGGCGAUUUGCGUGUGCAGCGCUACGUCGACGAAAAGAUGCUGGGCCCUCACAUUCUCAACGACACAGACGGCGCCGUGGUCGUGUUGCUGGAUAGUGAAGUGCGUCCGGAGCUGCAGGCGGAGGGUAUGGCGCGCGACGUGAUCAACCGUAUCCAGCGCCUGCGUAAGAAGGCUGGCUUGCAGCCGACCGACGAGAUCGACUCGUUCUACCGCUUCACGGAAGGUAUGGGCGAGGCGCUCGAUGAGGUCAUGAAGACACAGACCGACGUGUUUGUGCGCAACAUUCGCCGCGUCCCACGCCCUGCGGCUGAGCAGCCGGCCGAUGCGAACGUGGUGUUCGAGGAGGAGCAGGAAGUGAACGAUAUCAAGUUCAUGCUGACGCUCGUGCGUGCGACACCCUAA